ACGUAGCCAGAUUAUAAUUUUUUUUUUUUUUUUUUUGGGGUAAUGACCACCCUGAAUAUAUUUAUGAAUUAAUUUUAAAUGUAUGAUAUAUAGUACAUAUGGUUUAAUAAGAUGGUAAUCGUUAAUUCACAGCUUUGUUAAACUUGAUAAUAUUCCAAGCAAGAUCAAUGAUAGUAUGAUAAUGUCGGGGAUUUUCAAGCUGCUUGGUGUUUUUCUUAUUAUUCUUCUAGUUGAUGCCCAUGAUCAGACAGGCUUCAUCAGCAUAGAUUGCGGCCGACCUCAUGUUUCGAACUACAGUGAGAAGACAACAGGGUUAGUCUACAUUCCAGACACAACCUUGACAGACAGUGGUGAAAGUAAAUCCAUCUUGGACAUGUACAAAUACGACAAUCAACAGCAGCUUUGGUAUCUAAGGAGCUUUUCCGACGGAUCGAUUAGGAACUGUCACAAAAUACAUAUUAAAAAUGGUGAUAAAUAUUUGAUCCGAGCAGGCUUCUUGUACGGGAAUUAUGAUGGCCAAGAGAAAUCGUUACCAAUAAAAUUCGAUCUGCGUCUUGGAGCCAAUGUAUGGGAUUCAGUAGAGGUGGAAGAUUCAGCUACUUACAUAGUGAAGGAACUCAUACACGUUCCUCUCCAAAACUAUUUAUAUAUAUGCCUCCUCAACACUGGCUCUGGUACUCCCUUUAUAUCAUCAAUAGAAUUAAGGCCUUUGGGUAAGGAAUUGUAUGAAACUCAACUGGGUUCCUUGGCAUUGGUCAAUCGCUUGGACACUGGUCCAAUAUAUACUAAACCUUACAGGUAUCCUGUGGAUGACUAUGAUCGUUUUUGGUAUUCACAUCGGGACGGGAAUUGGACAAAUAUAAGUACCAUGCUUCCUUUUGAUGACUCUGAUCAUGACCAUGAGGGAUCAAUCCAACUGCCAGCAGUUGUCAUGAGCACUGCUGCGACGCCCAAAAUUGCAAAAGCAUCAUUGGAAUAUGAACUGCCGAGUACCGAUCAUACUGCUUCUUCCCCUGCAUAUUAUGUGUACAUGCACUUUGCUGAAAUCCAAGACCUCCAAACCAACCAGUCUAGAGAAUUUACAGUUUCCUAUAAUGGAAAUAUCUACUUUGAGGAUUAUUCUCCUAAGUAUUUGCAAGCAACUACCUUGUCCAUCGAUGGUGUAAUUGGAGGUCAACACUUGGUAAUCUCUAUGACUGCUAAUUCAACCCUUCCUCCCAUCAUCAAUGCCAUCGAGGUUUAUGUGGUCAAGGAGUUCUUUGUCUCGGACACCGAUGAAAAAGAUGCUGACGCCAUCACAAAAAUAAAGUCAACUUAUGGAAUAGAGAGAAAUUGGAAAGGGGAUCCAUGCAUCCCUAAAAUCUACUUGUGGGAAGGUCUAAACUGCAGCUAUGCUGAUAGUAAUGAUCCUCCAAGAAUCAUAUCCUUGAACUUGUCCUCAAGUGGAUUAACAGGGAAGAUACCUCUUGCUAUAUCCGAUCUCUCUAUGCUAGAAGUUCUGGACCUAUCGAACAACAAUUUUACAGGACCAGUGCCAGAGUUUCUAUCUAAUUUGCAAAACUUAAGAGUUUUAAACUUGGAGAAAAACGAUCUAAAUGGCUCAAUUCCAGUUCAGCUAAUAGAGAGACAGAAUGAUGGUUCUCUAAAAUUAGAUGUGGACCAAAAUCCAAAUCUAUGUAUUUCAGAUUCAUGCAAAAGGAAGACAGAGAAAAAUGCUGUCAACAUUGUUCCAAUAGUAGCGUCAAUUGCUGGAGCCUUUGUCCUCUUAUUAACCGUGAUGGCAAUCUAUUGGGCCUUUAAAAGGAAACAGAAACCUAGUGAUAAAACAGAUGAAAAAUCGAUCACUGAAUACGGGACAGUGGAGUCGAUGAAACAACAAUUUACAUGGGCAGAGAUACAGAGCAUAACCAACAACUUUGAGAGGGUUCUUGGUAAAGGUGGAUUUGGAACAAUUUACCAUGGCUACAUAAAUAACGAUACUCAAGUUGCUGUCAAAGUGUUGUCUGCAUCAUCAUUUCGAGGAUAUCAACAAUUUCAUGCUGAGGUUAGUCUUCUGAUGAGAGUGCAUCAUAGAAAUUUGACAGCCCUUGUUGGAUAUUGUAAUGAUGGAAAUAACGCAUGCCUCAUAUAUGAGUACAUGGCAAAUGGGAAUUUAAAAACACAUAUUUCAGGUGGCAGUUCAAGUAACAUCUUGAAAUGGGAAGACAGACUUCGAAUAGCAAUUGAGGCAGCACAAGGACUGGAGUAUCUGCACGAUGGUUGUAAGCCUCCAAUAGUCCACAGAGACGUGAAAUCUACAAAUAUCUUGUUAAAUGAAAAUUUCCAAGCCAAACUAUCUGAUUUUGGCCUAUCCAAGAUAUUUCCUAAUAGUGGUAAGACUUAUGUAUCCACAGGAGUUGCUGGCACUCCCGGGUAUCUUGACCCUGAGUACACCAUAACAAAUAGAUUAAAUGAGAAGAGUGAUGUUUAUGGCUAUGGAGUUGCAUUGCUGGAGAUUAUUACAGGUAGACCUCCGAUAGAUAAAUCCCAUGAGAAGGCUCAUAUAACAACAUGGGUCAGUUCCAUGCUUGCCAUAGGAGACAUUACUAGUAUUGUUGAUAGCAAGCUACAAGGAAACUUUGAUACAAACUCUGUCUGGAAAGCUCUUGAAACAGCUAUGGCAUGUGUAUCCCAAACUUCAACAAGAAGGCCGACCAUGAAUCAGGUAGUGGCGGAACUAAAGGACUGCUUGGCUACUGAACGGGCUCGUGAAAGCAAGGGCGAUGACAGCGGGUUUAAGGAUUCAAUUGAAUUGGUUUCUUUGAAUUUGACAUCUGAGCUGAAUCCCCUGGCUAGGUAGGACUUCUCCCCAAAAGAUAGUACAUCCUUGGGGCCGAGUUUAGCUGAGAACUUGUUUGAGAUUUUUAUUCUUUCUUUUCUUUCAUCUGGUUGUGUAAUGCACGGUUUCUUCGUAAGGAAAUUACUUUAGAUUAA